CAAUGUUUCCCGUCAGUGACUUCACUCAGUACGCGCCAAGUAGUAACCUGUUCCUGAACUAUUUGCAUUGCCUUCAGUCCGAAGCGGUGUCAGCCUGACAGGGCUGCAGAAGCACUCCAAAAAUGUCCAAGAUUGAGAAGAUGAGCAUAUUGGGAGUCAGGAGUUUUGGGGUGCAGGACAAAGACAAGCAGGUCAUCACAUUCUUCACCCCCAUGACUGUACUGGUCGGACCGAACGGAGCGGGCAAGACGACCAUCAUCGAGUGCCUGAAGUACAUCACCUCGGGUGAUUUCCCUCCAGGAGCCAAGGGCGCAAACUUUGUGCACGAUCCUAAGGAGGUACAGGAGACGGAUGUGCGUGCCCAGAUCAGGCUACAGUUCCGGGAUGUGAACGGGGAGUUUGUGGCCGUGCAACGCUCCAUGAUGUGCUCCCAGAGGAGGAAGAAGAUGGAGUUCAAGACGCUAGAGGGUGUCAUCACCAGGAUGAAACACGGCGAGAAGGUCAGCAUCAGCUCCAAGUGUGCGGAGAUGGACCGCGAGAUGGUGUCAGCUCUCGGAGUCUCUAAAGCCGUCCUCAAUAACGUCAUCUUCUGCCACCAGGAGGAGUCCAACUGGCCCCUCAGCGAAGGCAAAGCACUCAAACAGAAAUUCGAUGACAUAUUCGCCGCAACAAAGUACAUCAAGGUGCUGGAGACUCUGAGGAAGUUACGUCUGGACCAGGCGGCGGUGGUUCGGGGGUGCCAGACGGAGCUGACGUACCUGAAGCAGAACAAGGAGAAGGCCCAGGAGAUAAAGGACCUGCUCGCCAGCAAGGAGGAGCAGUUAGCCGUCUCCAAAGACAGUGUGGAGCGCAUCGCCAACCAGGUCACUCCUCUGGAGAACCAGCUGCAUGAGAUCGAUGAGAAGCUGGGAAAGGUGAUGUCACUGGAUAACAACAUCCGGGCUCUGGACAGCAGGAAGAGGCAGAUGGAGGAGGACAACAAGGAGCUGGAGGAGAAGAUGGAGCAGAUGUUCCAGGGCUCAGACAUGGAGCUGCAGGAUAUGUAUGAGAACCACCAGCGUCUGGUGAAGGAGAAGGAGCGGCGUCUGGGCGAACAGCAGAACGAGCUGCACCGCACGGGCCGCGAGUGCCAGAGGCUCACCAACGCCAAGUCAGAGCUGCUGGUGGAGCAGGGUCGUCUACAGCUGGAGGCAGACCGCCAAGCUCAGAACCUGAAGAACCGCGACGCCCAGGUGCGCUCCCUGGCGUCCUCCCUGGAGCUGGAGGGCUACGAGAGGGCGCCCUUCAGCCGGCAGAAGAUCCAGAGCUUCUACCAGCAGGUGGAGGAAAGGCAGGACCAGGAGACCCAGGCCCUAACACAGGCUCUGAGUGAUCUGCAGGAGCGUGAGGGCCAGAAGCAGCAGCAGGUGGAUGAGCUGCGGGACAAGCGCACAGGGCUGGAGCGCACCAUCGAGCUGAAGAGAGACCUGCAGAGUAAGAAGCAGCAGGAGCUGCGCAGCGUCAACCAGGAGCUACACAGGCUGGAGGGGUCGUCAGGACGACUACACGAACUGGAGGCACAGCUCACUAAAGCGGAGCAUGAGUUGGACGGUGCGGUGCGGGGCUCGUCGGUGGACAGCAUGCGUGCGGAGCUGGAUGAGCUCCAGAAGGAGAAGGCGGAGCUGGACCGUCGCCAGCGGCAACUGGACCUGGAGAUGAGCAGCCUCAACGCACACACCACGGCUCGCACACAGAUGGACAUGCUCAAGAAAGACAAGAUGGACAAGGAGGACCAGGUGAGGAAGAUCAAGGCGAGGCACAGCGAGGAGCUGGUGUCACUCAUGGGUCACUUCCCCAACAAGAGACAGCUUGAGGACUGGAUCUUCUCCAACUCCCGCGAGAUCAACGCCACGAGAGAAAAACUCGCCAAGCUUAACAAAGACCUGGCCUCGGGGGAGCAGAACAAGAGCCACUGUGCGACGGAGAUCCGGCAGAAGGAGCAGCAACUGAGCAGCUACGAGGAGAAACUGUUCAGCGUGUGCGGCAGCCAGGACCUGCAGACAGAUCUCAACAAGGUGCAGGAGGAGAUCGAGAAGAGCUCCAAGCAGAGAGCCAUGCUGGCGGGGGCCACGGCAGUGUACUCCCAGUUCAUCAGCCAGCUGACGCAGCCGGAGGAGGGCGAGCCCUGCUGCCCCGUGUGCCAGCGGGUCUUCCCCACGGACAGCGACCUGCAGGAGGUGGUGAACGACAUGCAGUCCAAGCUGCGCCUGGUGCCCGACAAGCUGCGCAACACUGAGCAGGACCUGCGCCGCAAAGAGCGCCGCCGGGACGAUAUGAUGUCACUCAAGCCCGUCAGGGAGUCCAUUACAGACCUGCAGGACAAGGAGCUGCCGGCGCUGCGGAACAAGCUGCAGAGCGUCAACAGGGACAUCGAGCGGCUGAAGGGAGAUAUCGAGGAGCAGGAAACGCAGCUCUCCCUGCUCAUGUCCAAAGAGGACACGGCCAAGGCCUGCCAGUCUGACAUCUCACUCAUGGACCGCUACCUGCUGGACCUGAAGGAUGUGGAGAGGAGGAUUGCGCAGCACGCUGCGAAGCUGCAAGGGGUGGACCUUAGCCGCACCAUGCAACAGGUCAGCCAGGAGAAACAGGAGGCACAGCACAGGCUGGACACCACGUCGAGCAAGAUGGAGCUGAAGCGCAAGCUGAUCCAGGACCAGCAGGAGCAGAUCCACGCGCUGAAGAGCAGCGUGAACGAGAUCCGCGCCGAGAAGCUGCAGAUCAGCAGCAACAUGCAGAAGCAGAAGCAGCUGGAGGAGCAGUGUGUGGAGUUCACCACCGAGAUCCAGGCACUCACCCGGGAGAUCAAGGAAGCGCGUGAGCAGAUGUCCCCACUGGCUGCGUCUCUGGAGAAGCUGCAGCAGGAGAAACAGGAGCUGGUCACGCGUCGCUUACAGAGGCAGAGCGAGGGGCAGGACAAGAUCAAUGCUAUCAAGGACAAAGUGAGAAACAUCAUGACACUGGAACGAGACAUCAAGAAGUAUGUGGAUGAGGGAAAAGAAGAAUAUAAAGAGCAAAAAGAAUCAGAACUUCAAGACACAAAUACAAAACUAUAUGAAGCAGAGACACUUCGGGAGAAGAUCAACAAAGAAAUGGCCAGCAUCAGACAAGACAUAGACACACAAAAGGUCCAGGAGCGUCUGCUGCAGGACAAUCUCACCUUCAGGAAGCGCAGCGAGCAACUGAAGGAAGUCUCCAAACAGCGAGAGGCUCUCCUGAAAGAAAUGGGCAGCAUGAAAGUCAUGGAACUUCGACAGCAGCGUAAGGAUCUUGAAGACAAGCUGGAGGAGCUGAAGAGGAAGCGCAGCGUGGCACUAGGGCGGCAGAACGGCUUCAAGGAGGAGAUUGUACGCUGCCAGAAGGAACUCCGCGAGGACCAGUACCGCCACGCCGUCGACAGGUUCAGGGACAAGAUGAUCGUCAUGAGGACCACCGAGCUGGUCAACAAGGACCUGGACAUCUACUACAAGGCCCUGGACCAGACAAUUAUGAAGUUCCACAGCAAGAAGAUGGAGGAGAUCAACAAGAUUAUCCGAGAUCUGUGGAGAAACACAUACAGAGGACAAGACAUUGAGUAUGUGGAGAUCCGCUCAGACAUGGACGAGGGCGAGUCUGCCAAGAGUAAGCGGCGGGUCUACAAGUACCGCGUGGUGAUGGUGAAGGGAGACACGGCGCAGGACAUGAGGGGACGCUGCAGCGCUGGACAGAAGGUCCUGGCCUCCCUCAUCAUUCGUAUGGCUCUGGCUGAAACCUUCUGCCUCAACUGUGGCAUCCUGGCCCUGGACGAGCCCACCACCAACCUGGACCGCGAGAACAUCGAGUCCCUUGCUCACGCCCUCAUCGAAAUCACAAAGAUCCGCCAGAAGCAGCGGAACUUUCAGCUGCUCAUCAUCACCCACGACGAAGACUUUGUGGAACUGCUGGGUCGCUCAAACUAUAUGCAGUACUUCUACCGCAUUAAGAAGAACGUGGAGCAGUGCUCAGAGAUCACCAAAUGUGACAUCUCUUCUGUUAACACUUACCUGCACUAGAACAACACUGAAGCUGUGCAGCAUCACCCUUGGCCAAGAGUCAUUCACUAAUAAUAAUAAUAAUUAAUCUUCGUUGCAAUACUGUAGAUUAACUGUCUGACGCCAUUCAGGUGUCAUUCAGAGUCCUCUGUUUAACCCUAGCUGUGUAGGGAAAAUCUGUCAUUUUCCCCUUUUUUGUUGUUGUUGGGCAUUUAACCAAAGCUGUUCACCGUUCAGAGAGAAAUAAUUAACUUGCUGAUGUAACUUUUCUAUGAAUUUUAUAUGAAUAUAAUGAAUUUUGUCAAACACGUGCUUGAAGCUGCUCCUACUAUAUGGUAAUUAAAAUCAGAGCCAAGCAACAAAA